AUGGGCCGUUACACCUUCGGUCGGCUGCACCUCCUUUUUCGAGGAUCUCCAGAAUACGAGCCUCCUGCCGUCUCUCCCCACGCUUCCCUGGCGCCACUGGUGCACAAGCACUAUGAGAUCCAGGACCUGGCCGGGCGACGCAUUUUCCUCUCUGAAGCACAGCUGGUGAUCGCCGAUCCCUUCGCUGAAAUUCAGCAGUGGCACUUAGAUGCCGCCACUGGGCGAGGACUCUCCGUUUUCCUUCCCUUGAGCAACGUAGCGGCAAACCGUGGGCCACAAGAAGUACUCCCUGGCACGCACGCCCUUCAUGACUACAAACGCAGCCUGCAGGAACGAUGUAGAGACUGCUUCCGCAGCCUAUGCGCCACCCACGGCGCUGUUGCAGUCGCUUCUGGAGAUGAGGUGUGGACCGCUGGGGAUGCGCUUGUCAUGGAUGCUGGUCUGCUCCAUCGAGGCUUGGCAAACGACAGCCUGGGUGCUCCCGUGCCUAUGCUGGUCUUGCGCUACGACCUGGUUGACAAGCCUCCGCCAGGCUGUCGCCGCAGCUGGCUCCUCUCCAUGAGCCAUCUCGGGCGGAGCCUUUCCUCAGUCUUCAGACUUUAUGCUUGGGUGUGA